GAAAUAUUACGGUAUUUCAUCUAUGUUACAACCACAUUCCAUUACUCUGUUUAUAAAGGUUAUAAUAUAAAUCGCCGGACGACACGAACGGGGAGUGGGCAGCGCUGGGAAGCAGAGAUUAUUACAUUAUGUUGGAACUCGCGAACACAUCCAGGGAAAUUUAUACGACUUUUGUUUCAAUAGCUAUGAAAUUAUCUGUUGAACAUUGAGGAAAUUAGGUUCUAUGGGCUGUCCAACUUCCGAGUGUCAGGAGUGCUUGCUUAUUUUCAUCUUUUAAUUACAUCCCGCUGUAUGUAUUGCCCAGUUUUCAAAUUCCUGUGUUGCUCUGAAAUAAUUGCAGUUGCUCAUUUGUAGAAUUUCUCUACAGCGUGUUGAAAGCCUAUAAAUUCAAACUUUUCCAUACAUGUUUACAGACGUGUUACAUUAUUGGGUUUAAACUCCAGUCGAUGUUAUCGAAACGAAUAAUUGAGCGACUUGGAAACUCAAUUUAUGUAUAUAUUGACACAUCUUUUAGUUAUCGUCAAUGCCAGUGAUUAAAGUUAACAUUGUCAAUGCAGCCCAGGUUCUAGAAAUAGUAUUGCAUAAUGUUUCCUUGGGCAUUUUUGAAAAGAACUUUCCCUCUGAGAUGUGGGCAAAGGAAACAUCUCUGCUUAGCUCAAACCCCAAAAAAGUUUUUCCCCAAGUAUCCUGUGAAACAGCAAUGCAACAUUACCAGUAAAACUAACUUCUGCAAAAAUAUAAACUCAUUUGCUUGCAGCCAAGUUAAGAUAAAUGAAUAUAAUUCUGAAGAAAGAAAAUCUAAAACUUCUAGUGAAAUUUCUGAAGUAUUAGACAAUAUAAAUUUAGAUAUCAAAAAUCACAAUAGAGUGAAAUAUGAAGAUGCAAAAAAGCUGCUAAGUUUUAUGAGAGAAGGUCUAAUUGCUGAAAAUGAAAAAUAUGCCCUUCUCCUUCUUGAGUGGUGUUGUAAUUUCAUGCCAGACGUGGACUCUGUUUCUCGAAUAUCACUAGCUCUUUCAGUUUGGAAAUUCCUCACUAGUGUGGGAAUUGAAAUUAAAGCCAAACAUUAUAAUGUAUUGCUGAAGUGUUAUGCAGCAAAUUCUUAUAAAAUUCCAGUAAUGAAGUUUCUGUCUGAAAUGAAAGAAGUUGUACCUGAGAGCACUACUUAUGAGCUUUUACUUGACUGUGCUUGUGUAGUAGGAGAUCUAGAAGAAGCAAUGCUCGUCAUAAAGUUAAUGAAGGAUAAAAACAUGCCCAUCAGUGAAGCUACAUUCAAUUCUUUGAUUUUAGGUUAUGCAAGAGCAGGAGACAUCAAGAAUUCUUUAUCUACAUUGGAUGCAAUGUAUGCAGCAAACAUAUUUCCUAGUGCUAAAACUUACACAGUUGUACUGCAGAGUUAUGCACAUUUUGGAAAUAUUAAGGAAAUGAAAAGAGUUUAUGAAGAAGCUGCAUCUAAAAACAUUAAUUUGAAUAUUCAUCUAGUUAUGAAUAUUUGUCGCACUCUUGCUGUCAAUCAACACGAUAAACUUAUUUUAGAGUUUCUAGAUUGGUUGCCAAAUGAUCUCAAGCGAUUUACGUUAGCAGUUGAAAACACUAUUUUAGAGCUUAUUCAUUUGAAUUGUGAAAAAGCAGCUCUGUCAAUAAUGAUGUCUGUAUUACCUGAAGGAGUUCAUACAGCAGAACAAUCAUGUGCAUUUUUUGUGUAUGAAAUAUGCAGAGCUAACAUAGAUCCUGGAAACAUCAUAAAUAUCUGCAAUUAUUUGGAAAAGAAUGAGAUGUAUCCAAGAGCUUUGUAUAAAGCUGCUGAGGUUUCCCUGCAUUUGGGCAAACCUGAUCUGACAUUACCCAUUUUUCAGACACUUGCCAAGAAUGGUGAAACUUUGCGACCACAUUACUUUUGGCCCCUCUUCAAACAGAGUGCUAAAGUAGAUGGUGAAGCAGGAGUUCUGAAAACUUUGAAAGAGAUGCAGGCUUUCAAGGUUAUCCCUGAUUUUCAUACUUUAGUGGAUUAUAUCUUACCAGUAAUAUCAACAAAUAAUCCGGAAACCACAGUUCAGAAGUUACAAGACUGUGGUGUUGCAGCUCAUCACUCUCUAACAUCUGUAGCUGCUACAUUGCUUCUGACUGGUAAGUCUUAUGUAACCAAAAUGGAUUACGAUAAAUUGAUGCAACCUCUUGUAGAAACAUUUAUUGUGAACAAAAAAAUACAGCCUGUAUCUGCUUUUUUGAAAGUUGCUUCAAAACAUGUAACAAAUGACUUGGCAGGACAUUUUGUUCUUGAGUUGUUGGCAAUAAAAAGAACCAGGCUUAGGAAAGAUGAUGUUAUUAAUCUGCUUCAGUCUUUUAAAAGUGUUGGUCUCAGUAUAUCACCAUUUGCUUCUGAGAUUAUUGCAAGAUAUUUUAAGAACGGAGGAGCAGAUUCAAACUUGUAUAAUCAAAUCUCUCUUCUUCUCACAUCAAUUACCCAAUCAGACCUUCAGCUUUCACCUUCCGAAACGAUAGAUGCAUCUAUUCCUCAUCCGCGUGACAUGAAUCUGGAAGAACUGGAAAAUCAUUUAGUGGAACUGAAGAGCAAGUUGAUGAAUACUCGAGGUGUCCUGCGUCGUUUGUUGCAAUUACAUAUGAGAGAAGGGAACAUUAAACGUGUGCUAGAGGUUAAAAAGGAGCUUGAAAAUUCUGGUUUUAAAUUCUCUCCUGGAAUGCUUGCUUCAUUAUUUGAUAUGUAUAUCAAGUUUGAAGAUGAAAGUUCGGCUGAAAAAAUUUUAAAUGAAAUAAUGAAUGAUGCUCCAAAUUUUAUUAUUGAUGAACACAAAAUUAUUGAUUAUGCUUCAUUGCUUGUCACAAAAAAUCAAUACAAAGCUGCAAUUUCUGUAUUGGAAAGGCGAGCAGCAUCUGGAAACAUUUAUGGUGGGGAAGGCAUUUCUCGCAAUUGUUGGCAUCUGCUAAAUACACUUGCCUUACAAGGUGAAGCAGAAAAGGUCAAACACAUGUUCCAUUUGCUUAGAACUCUGGGAUUUUGCUCAGUGACUAAUACUCUUUUGGGACCCCUAGUACGAGCACAUCUUGUUAGGGGUGAAACAGAAAGUGCUGUGAGAGAGUACCAACAUUGUGCAACCAAUUUCAAAACUACUCCUCUUCAGCUGGAACUCAUGUCAUAUCUUGUGAGACAAACUGAUUCACCAAACAACCAAAAGUUACUUGAAGAUACCCUGGUUGCAAGUAGUUUAGUUCAUGGAGAAGCCAGUACAUAUGCCACUUAUAUUGUUGCUCUGGCUGAAGCUGGGAAGAAAAGGGAAAUUCAGAAUUUCAUUGCGAAAAAUGGUUCUAAUGUUCACUCAGCAAGUUUGUUGAGUAAAAUCAAACUAUUGGUAAAAGAAAACAAACUAGGUCCCUUAUUAAUUCUUGCAGAGGAAUGUGAUCGUUUGCCAAAAUUUAAUUCAUCUUUAUUGUAUACUAGUGUGUUAAAAGUGUUAGAUAAACAAGGCGAUUGUGAUGGAGCUUUAAAGUUAUGGACGUUAAUGCAAGAAAAAAAUGUUCAGCCAUCUAAUGAAUUCUAUAAGCAUUUAGCUUCAAUUUUGAAAAGUCACAAGAGACAGAUUCCAUUUGUUGUUACGGAAUCAGAACAAUGAGAUAUUGUAGUAAAAUACCCAUAUUUGCAAAUUCUCUGCCUUUCAUUUCUUUUGAAAGAGACCACCCAUUUAUUGCAUUUAUUGGUACUUACUUCAAUUUAUAAGAGGCUAUUUGCACAGUGUUAAUAAGUCUCAAAAAUAUUUGUGAACCUGCUCAAUGACAGUAGUGCAGCGUAGUAAACAACUUAUUAAAAUCAAAUCAUGGAAUUUGUUGAAUCAUCCAUUUUUAUUAAUCAUUCAUCGAUCAAUCAUUGCCUUUAUUUAAUGAUCAUGUGUAGCAACUUUGUAAAUAUGUAUAGUAUAUUGAGUAAUUAUGUGAUAAAGUGUGUAAAGUGUAAAUAUACAAUGCUUGUUAAUUUGAUUUUUAUUGAAUGGCAAUCGCUCAAAAGAAAAAUUAAAUGUGCACAUAAAGAGCAAUGAUACCAACA